AUGCUGGACCUGGUCAACUGCCAGGUGCUAUCCAUUGUCUCUUCGGAGGAUGUGGACGCCUACCUGCUUUCGGAAUCCAGCAUGUUUGUCUGGCCUCACAAGCUGAUCCUCAAAACCUGUGGCACCACCACUCUGCUGUCUGGCCUGCCCCGCAUUCUUGAGAUCGCGGCUCUGUUCGGCGGAUUCCCUAAAUCGACCGCUCCCUCGGCGCGCGGAAUUGACGUGGCCGCGGCCCCGUACCGUGUCUUCUACAGCCGGAAGAACUUCCUCUUCCCCGACCGCCAGCGCGGUCCCCAUCGCAGCUGGAGAGACGAAGUGCGUACCAUGGACCGGCUUUUCCUGAACGGCAGCGCCUACAUGAUUGGCAAGAUGAACGGCGAGCACUGGUACUUGUACCUGACUGAGCCCCACACGCUGCUCACUCCGCCCGCGAGCCCUAAAGCCGCUUCGGACGACGGUAUGACCGAGACCAAGAUCCUGCAGAUUCCCGAGGGUGCGGCGCCCGUGGUGGACAACAGCAAUGACGAGACGCUGGAGGUUUUGAUGACCGACCUGGAGGAAGAGAACGCGAAGCAGUUCUAUCUUGAGAAUGCCACGGCUGUUGCGGAGAAGCGCUACCGCAACUUCGACAAGGACCAGGAUGAACAUGUCGACGUGUUCAGCAACAACUCGGACAUGGAUGACCUGGGCUCGGAUGAAGGCCGUAUCCUGCCUCCGGAGCUGACGACUGAAGGUCACGCGCUGGGCACCGUGGUUUCCGAAAACUCGGGCCUUUCGGACGUGUACCCUAAGGACAAGUUCCCGGACUCGCGCAUUGAUGCCUACCUGUUCACGCCCUGCGGGUUCUCCGCCAACGGGGUGAUUCCGUCUCCCGACCAGAAGCUGGGCACACACUACUUCACGGUGCAUGUGACUCCCGAGCCGCAGUGCUCCUACGCGUCGUUCGAGACCAACGUGCCGCACUCCCAGAAUGGGCAGACCACGGCCGACAUCGUGCAGCAGGUGGUGGAUAUCUUCAAGCCCGGUCGCUUCAGCGUUACUUUGUUCGAGGCCACUCCGGCGGAUGGUGAAGAUGCCGGUCACCUCAGUCGUCGCAGCAGCCGCAUGGAGAAUGUGAAGGGAUAUCGCCGGGUGGACCGGAUUGUCCAUGAUCUGGAUGGAUACCAGCUUGUGUUCCGCUACUACGAACGACUUGACUGGAAAGGGGGGGCUCCUCGUCUCGGAGAGGAGUGCGUUUGA